AAUUAUAAUCAUUUAGUUAGAGUGACCUCCCUUUUAUUUCUCCUUACAAAAUUAAUAUUAACAAUAAUGCUUCCUCGGGAGGAUUAUAUUCCCUCUAUCGAGGAGCUGACAGUGCCAGAAGCGAAAGUCUCCAGCAUUGUCCUGAAAGCGGCGAGUCUGUACAUGGGAAAAUACUGCGAUAACCAGUACAAGGAGUAUGCACUUUGCAAAUCAGAACAUGGUGAUCCACGGCCUUGUCUUAACGAGGGAAAGGAAGUCACAAGGUGCAGCAUAGACUUUCUGCGCAACGUUAAGAAGACUUGUAACGAAGACUUCACUGCCUUUUGGAACUGUCUGGACCACAGUUUGGACCAGAAAUACAAGUACUGCAGGAAGUAUGAACAGAAGCUCGAUGUGUGCAUGGCAGAAAAAUUGAAUGUGUUGAGACCCGAGCCUGGGUUCUACUCAAAGAUCCGGAUUCACGACACAGAUCGCCCGAAGCCUGUGCGCGAGCCUUCGAGACCGCAACUGGAAACUCCUGCACCGUACGAGGGUCGUGUACCGAAAGCCCCUGCAUACCCGGCUGGUGGAAUUUAGUGCUUUUGUUGUUGUUGUAGUUAUUAAGAGUAAAGGUUACAUCAAGUAGGUGAAAUAUUGCCAUACAGUGUAUGAACUUGGGCAUUUUGGUGUUUGUUGGUUUGAUAAAAAAAAGGUGUUCAUCUUAAUUAUAGAGAUCAGAAUAAUCUUGGCACUAUUAACUUACAAGCAGUAGAAUUUCAUGCAAAUGUGAUUCUUCACACUAUAGUACAAAUGAUAUAAAAUAAAAGAACAGGAAAAUAGUAAAAAUGCACUUCUUAAUUUUAAUAAAAAGCAUUAUUCUAAGGAAUGGAUGGAGUUUCUAGUUGAUGUGACAAAAAUGUAAUAUUUUUUUUUUUAAGUGUGUCGAAUUAUUGGAGCGGUGAAGUGUUUGUAAAUAAAAGAUUACGAAAGAAGAA